AUGAUAAGACUUUUUAAUUCUAUUUUUAGUGUUGGGGUAGUAAUGAGGAUUCUUUCUUUAAUAGUUUUUUGUCUACAGCGAAAACACUUACUAAACUCUCUUUUAGCAUUAGAAAUAAUAAUGUUAUCGAUUUUUUUGGUUGUACUAGCUUCUAGCGCUAAUAUUAGGAGAGAAGGAAUUAUAGUUUUUGUAAUAUUAACUUUAGCUGCUUCUGAAGCAGCUUUGGGGUUAAGUUUAUUAGUAAUUUUAAUUCGUAGACAUGGGAAUGACUACGUUUCUUCUUUAUCAAUACAUAAGUGUUAG